AUGAAAUCCUCGAUAUUCCUAUCUCUCUGUACGACAGCCUUCGUUGCAGCUGUCGCACACCCUAAAGACCCCCAGGCUGUUCUCCAAGAACCGCAGCUGACUGUUGUCGAGCCGGACGAGUACCUUAUCGAGCUCUCCCCAGGCGAAACAAGAUGGAUAACGGAAGAUGAGAAAUGGUCUUUGCGCAGGCAAAACAUCAACUUCUUCGACAUCACACACAACGAAGAGCUCGGCAGUUUACAUCGCAAGUUUAGCACAAAAAGUGUAGAAUAUCCCUCCAAGCCGGCACACAAUGAGAGCAUCGUGCCGCUCUUGAAGGAGCUCGACAAGAAGAACAUGCGUGAACACCUCGAAACGUUUACCUCCUUCCACACCCGGUACUAUAAAUCACAAUAUGGUGUGCAGUCCUCGGCGUGGUUGCUUGGCCAGGUCAACAAGACGCUUGCGGAUGCUGGUGCUGUCAAUGCGUCUGUGAAGGCAUUCCCUCAUCCGUGGGGCCAGUCGUCCAUCAUCGCCACCAUUCCGGGCAAGAGCAAGAAGACAAUCGUCAUUGGCGCGCAUCAAGACUCCAUCAACCUCUUCUUACCCUCGAUACUCGCUGCGCCAGGUGCCGACGAUGACGGCAGUGGAACCGUAACAAUUCUCGAAGCCUUGCGUGUACUUCUCAAGUCGGAAGAGAUCCUGAAGGGCGAGGCCGACAAUACUGUCGAGUUCCACUUUUAUUCUGCUGAAGAAGGGGGUCUCCUCGGAUCUCAGGCUAUCUUCCAGUCAUACGAGAAAGAAGGCCGUGAUGUUAAGGCUAUGCUUCAGCAAGACAUGACUGGCUAUGUCCAGAAGACGCUCGAUGCAGGCGAGCCCGAAUCCGUUGGCGUCAUAACCGACUUCGUGGAUCCUGGUCUUACCGAUUUCAUCAAGAAGAUAAUCACAGUGUACUGCGAAAUUCCGUACAUCCUCACCAAGUGUGGCUACGCAUGCUCAGAUCACGCCAGCGCAUCCAAGGCCGGCUAUCCUUCAGCGUUUGUUAUUGAAUCAGAUUUCAAGUACUCCGAUUCAAAGAUCCACACCACCGAGGACAAAAUCGAGUACCUCAGCUUCGAUCAUAUGCUUCAGCAUGCGCGAUUGACGCUGGGUUUGGCGUACGAGCUUGCGUUUGCCCGUUUCAAGUAAAUUUGUCGAUGCGAAUGAAUUCAUGUGGAUUCCGGAAUGCAGCUGACGAUUAGCGGUCUACCUAGUAUGUUGUUGAGCGAUUGAUUUGCGCGUUGUGUACCGGAUUACUACAUAGUGUUACGAAUCAGAUACUUCGAGCCUCAGGGUACUAACUUCGUUCACCUACAAUGUGCUCCAUUUCACUACCGCUCUCACUAUUUAUCACAAUUCUUUCACCAAUUGUCAAGUAUUCUACUGCACCUCCGACUUCACUUCAACCUCUACUUCCACUGGUAAGGCCAAUCUUCCGCCC